AUGAGCAGCUGCAGCAGUGAUGCAGAGGAUGCAUCACCCAGUCACUCUCCUACAUCUCCCGCCUGUUUACCAACAUCACCGAGCAUAACUCCGUCGAGUCCUAACUAUUCGCCGACGAGUCCUAAUUACACGCCGGCAAGUCCUAGCUAUUCACCAACGAGUCCAAGCUACUCUCCGACAUCGCCUAGUUAUUCGCCAGCGAGUCCAACGUAUUCACCAAGAAGUCCAAGCUAUUCACCUACAUCGCCAAACCACUCAUCGACAUCACCGAGUUAUUCACCGACAAGUCCUAAUUACUCACCGACAUCGCCUAGUUAUUGUCCAGCGAGUCCAUAUUACUCGCAAACAUCACCAGGUGAUUAUCCAACAUCACCAAGUUACUCGCCAAUGAGUCCAACCUAUUCCCUGGCGUCACCAACUUACGAAACAGAUGACUAA